GGAGGGGCAGUGGCUGGCAGGUCUCGAGCGUUAAUGGCGGCAGCUGCCGACCACCUCUAUCUCGUUCCCGUCGCUAGCAAGCAUCACAUGGCGAUGGUGGAGCGAGCGAGCAGCCAUCGCUCGAUCUGGAGCGUCCACUUGCGGCACCGGACGGCCUCGUGCUCCCGUACAAUACCAAGAAAGCAUCGCUGUCCGUCCACACCUCCGCUCUCUCUGCCGCUCACCUCGUCGGGAGCGGUCACGGGCACUAGAAGAGAUUCGAGAGAGCGUCGGCCAUGCCGGGCUGCUACGUGGGCAAGGCCACCAAGAUCUUCCUCGCUCUCCUCGCCGUCCUCGCCGUCGUCGGCGUCGUCCUCGCCUUCCGCGCCGUCCUCCACCGCGCCGCCAAGUCCGGCCCCAGCUCCGCCACCGGGACGGCGUGCGAAGCCGCCGACGGGUGCCAGCCCGUUCUGCCCGGGCCCGCCGUCGCGCAGCCCGCCACCGCCGCUCGCCCGCCGCCCACGCCCACGACGGCGCAAAAUCCCCCCUUUCCCUCCCCGGACACCGCCUGGCAGCCGCCACCGCCUGUGCCCGUCACCCCUCUGCAGCCGCCGCCGUCGUCGCCGAUGCUGGUGCCCCCUCCACAGCUGCCGCCGCCGGCAGCAAUCGUGCCACCCCCGCUGGCAUUUCCGUCGCCGCCGCUUCCGCCGGCAGAGAUCGCGACGCCCCCAGCGGCAUCAGCGACACCGCCGCCUCCCGCCGACCUGCUGCCGCAACCACCGGCCUUGCCGUCGCCUGCGCCGCCGGCUGCCCCAGAGGCGCCGAGCCCGAUGGCGUCUUGAUGCUUUGAUGCCGCUGAUUCUUGACUGGCAGAGCAGGUUAGAGCUGCACGGAUUUGUUAGAGGAGGGGUAACGUUGAUGUACUGCCGAUUCAAUUUGUCCCAGAAUUCGGUUUCAAUCUGUCUUGCUGGAUUGAACUUUCAUCAUCUCCAUCAGGAUCUCGCAGAAUCAUUCUGCAUCUUUCUUGUUCAAUUUCUUCUGUUGUUUACGGCUUAUAUUGUGAAAACUCAAGUUUGCUGAUCUGUUCAUAA